UGCUAAGAGCUUAGAGUGCAAAAUGUUGUCAAACUUACUUUUUGUCGUUUUUGCAGUCACUGGAGCUGUAUUUGCUAACAACAAUGGAGUUGGUUUGAAGCCACCAAUGGGCUGGGAUAUGUGGUGCACAAAUGGGAGAUGUGAAAGAGAUUACUGUGAUGCUAAAGAAGUAAUGGACGUCACUGAUGCAAUGGUGACUAAUGGUAUGAAAGAUGCAGGCUAUGAGUAUGUUAUAAUAUCUGAUUGUUGGGCUGAUCAUCGUGACGAAAAUGGUAAUAUUGUUCCAGAUAAGGAUCGUUUUCCAGAUGGACUUGUUCCAGUCAUUCAGCACAUUAACUCCAAAGGUUUCAAAGCUGGAUUGUAUACUGAUGCUGGCAUGUAUACAUGCAGCCCAGGAGGAAGAAAUCACACCAUACCAGGAAGCUAUGGUCAUUAUGAGCAAGAUGCAAAUGCAUAUGCUAGCUGGGGCGUUGAAUAUGUGAAAGUGGAUUGGUGCAGUACUAAAGUUAAUGGCACCCAGCUUGAUCCACACAAACAAUAUCAAGAAAUGUCUGAAGCACUCAAUAAAACUGGAAAGCCAAUAUUUUUAAAUUCCUGUGAAUGGGGUAUAGAUAAACCUUGGGAAUGGAUGCACCAAUAUGCCAACUCAUGGAGGACAGGGCCUGAUCAUCAUGAUGACUGGAAAACAACCUCAAAGAUAAUUGAACUUAAUGCUGACCUAGGAGACUAUGCAGGCGUUGGUAAGGGAUGGAAUGAUCCAGAUUUCAUUAUGACAGGAGGACAGAGCUGUAACACUGUUGAUUCCUCUCACUGUCCUGGGAUGACUGACACUGAAUAUCGUACAGAGUUCACUCUUUGGUGUCUGAUGUCAGCUCCAUUACUAGUAGUUACUGAUGUACGUAACAUGACCAGUAUAAUGAAGGAAGUGCUGCUCAAUAAAGACUUGAUAGAGAUUAAUCAGGACACUACAGGGCCAGGAGGUAAAAGGAUAGGAUUUGAUAAAACCUGUGGUGAAAAUGUUUGCCAAAUAUGGGCAAAGAAUAUUACCAAUGGAGAGAAAGCUAUUGCACUUUACAAUGCUGAUAGUGUUAGUCAUAAUAUUACGCUAGAGUUCAGUUUGCUUGGUUGGAAAAUGGUCAAUAUACGGAACCUGUGGGAUGGCACUAAAUAUUAUAACUUUACUGAGAGUGUUACUGUUGUAGUGGAGUCUCAUGGUGUGCAGGCAUACAGAGCAAGUGCUGUUCAAUAAAUUUUUGCUAACUAUAUGCUACCUGGCUGCUAAAUGCACAUUUUAUUAUAAAAUAUACAUGUUUUUAUGUUGUGUAGCAAGUUUGAGCUGAUUCCA